GGGAAUGAGAGAUGAGGAAGGGCAGAUAAAGUGACAACGUUUGGGAGGGCAGCAGAUCCCCCGGCGCCCCCCGUCUCGGAAAUUAGCCCCGGCGAGGCUGAGCGGGGACUCGAAUCGCCAGGUUAAAGGAGCCAAGAGGUUAAGGAGGAGCUAGCGGCUGGGAGACCGAACGCCAAACUUUGCCGGGCCGACCACCGAUUUGGCGUCGCCGGCCAGGGAACUGAAGGGGGCGGGGGUGGAAUCCCAAGUUGGCCAGUGGGUCGAGACAACCCCGAGGCCGACCCCAGGAGCGGGCUGGGGGAAGCGAGGGAAUCGGCAGGCCUCCAAGACUUGGCCACGGCCCAAGAGGGCGAGGGGGGGCGUCUGUCAUGGAGGAAGACCACAUCCGACAUGGGGGCAGCGUUGAUGUGGAGGGGGGCGUGACCACCGCCUCCGGACAGCCAAUCGGCGGGAAGCCAGACCCCGCGGCCGCCGGGCACCCCACGGGCGAUGGGAAGGGGCCGGAGGGGGAGGCAGGGCGGCCCGAGAGCCCUCCGGCCUCCGCUACGAGCGAGGAGGGCGAGGGUCAGGGGUCGGGAGGCGGAGGCCCCGAGCCGCUGGCCUCGGCAGAGCCCGGGGCGGGCCUGGCCAGCGGAGGGGAGGGGGCGGCCGAUUCGGACACCCCUCCUCCACCUUCGGGGUCACCAUGCAGGCCGGAAGCCUCCCGGAGCGACCCGGCCAGCACCUUCUACCUGGUCAAGUGGAUCAGUUGGAAAGGGGAGAAGACGCCAUUGAUAACCCAGAGCGAGAACGGGCCCUGUCCCCUCAUCGCCAUCGUCAACAUCCUCCUCCUCCGAUGGAAGGUAGGUGAUGCUCCCCCCUCAGCUCCUGUCACACCCUGA